UAUUAUCUUGUUGAUUGACCAUAAAACUUCCACUUGUAAUCUUACUUUCCUUGUAGAAAUUUUCUAUUACAUUACAUUUGUCCAUGUUUAACAAAUCAAGAGGGCCCAAAAUUACAGAUUUUGGUUAGAGAAUUAUCCAGAAAAAGGAUUUGAUGCCAUUUUCUCGUGUGGGUCAACAAGAAUCUUCUAGUUACUUUAAUUUCUUGAGCUCCUCCAGCAAGAAACUGACCCAAUUUUCCAUUUAAUCAAAGGGAUAAAGUAGAUUGAUAGAUAAUCCGACCCUUCUCUGGAAAAAUCUCUCUCAGUUCCCUCAUUUACUUUUUUUUCCUUUUUCCCUCUUCUGGAAGGAAGGAGAUUGGAGCAUCCAUUAAUGGCGAACAGAAUAAGGUUUGAAUCAGUGUUUUUACUGAUUUUGUCACUCUCGGCGGCGUCUGUGGCGAUUGCAGAGAGAAGAGUGUCACUAUUGAAUGGUUAUGAUAAAUCGAUUUUCAAGUCAUCAUUUCAUCGGAUUUAUGAUACCUCCAAGUACGGCAUAUUGCAGCUUCAAAAUGGCUUGGCUCGAACGCCUCAGAUGGGAUGGAAUAGCUGGAAUUUUUUCGCCUGUAAUAUUAAUGACACUCUUAUCAAGGAAACUGCGGAUGCACUCAUUUCUUCGGGUCUGGCUGAGUUAGGUUAUGUGUACGUCAACAUAGAUGAUUGCUGGAACACCCAAAAGAGAGAUUCAAAGGAUCAACUGGUUCCUGAUCCUAAGGCUUUCCCAUCAGGAAUUAAACCUGUUGCUGAUUAUGUACAUAGUAAAGGCUUGAAGCUUGGAAUCUAUUCUGAUGCUGGUCUUUUCACCUGCCAAGUUCGAGCAGGGUCACUUUACCAUGAAAAUGAUGAUGCGCAGUUGUUUGCUUCUUGGGGGAUUGAUUAUUUGAAGUACGAUAACUGUUACAAUCUGGGAAUUAAACCAAUAGAGCGAUACCCACCUAUGCGUGAUGCACUAAAUGCAACUGGGCGUAGUAUUUUCUAUUCAAUUUGUGAAUGGGGUGUUGAUGAUCCAGCAUUAUGGGCCGGCAAGGUUGGAAACAGUUGGCGUACAACAGAUGACAUUAAUGAUACAUGGGCAAGCAUGACUACUCUUGCAGAUAUCAACAAUAAGUGGGCAGCCUAUGCAGGACCUGGUGGCUGGAAUGAUCCGGAUAUGUUGGAAGUUGGUAAUGGAGGCAUGACUUAUCAGGAAUAUCGUGCUCAUUUUAGCAUAUGGGCUCUGAUGAAGUCCCCUCUUUUGAUCGGUUGCGAUGUUCGAAACAUGACUAAAGAAACUUCAGAAAUUCUUAGCAACAAGGAGGUCAUUGCAGUAAACCAAGAUCCUCUUGGGGUCCAGGGAAGAAAGGUUAAAGUUUUUGGAAAGGAUGGUUGCCUUCAGGUUUGGGCAGGUCCUCUAUCUGGAAGCCGCUUGGCUGUUGUUCUUUGGAAUCGAUGUUCAGUUGCAUCAACGAUCACCACGGAUUGGAACGUACUUAGGCUUAAACCCAACACUAUUGUCUCAGUAAGAGACUUGUGGCUGCACGAAGAUAUUGCAGGAGAUGCAGUGGCAUCAUUUGGAGCAGAAGUUGAUCCUCACGACUGUAAAAUGUUCGUCUUCACACCUGUGGCGACGUCCCGUGCUGAAAUGUAGAUUAUCCAUCCUCAACUGUCUGAAACUCACAAGUGAUCCUCCUGCCACCAUUCAUGUGCCAUUGGUGAAAGUUGAUCCAUCAGAACUGGAGAAGGUAAUAAAUCAAUAAUUGGGCUAGCCUCAUUCUGGUGCAUUGUAGCUAUUAUGAGCCAGUUGUAUGGUUUCUGAUGGUUCAUCUUUGUAAAGGUACUAAAUUAUUUGUUUCAAUUGGGUAUUGAAAUGAAAUACAAGGUAAAGGGAUUCUAGUUGCUUUGUGAUGUGUUUCUCUCUCUGUUAUUGUGCCUUGAAUGACAAAAGAUACGCCUAUAGAGUAUUUGUCUGU